GCUUCUUGAACUCAAAAGGCUCUUAAGAGAGACCAUUUUUUUUAUUAAAAAAAAAAAUGAAUGUGAAAUUAGUGUAUGGAGUCAGUUUGAGUUUGGCACUAAUGCUAACUAUUCAGUUGGCAAUAGCAAAGGCACCUAUUGCAAAGCCUAAUUGUACAGACCAUUGCGGAAAUAUAAACAUCCCAUACCCAUUCGGAAUGGGUAAGGGUUGUUAUCUGGGCGACUGGUUUGAGAUUGAGUGCCACAAUAGUGUCGACAGGCCUCCUAGAGCUUUUAUUAGUAAAAUCAAAACGGAGCUCCUCAAUAUUUCUGUACGUGGCAGGGCUAACGUCAAAAGUCCAAUAAUAUCCUCCAAUUGUUCCGACAAGGAGACCGAUCUGCCUGUCAAUUUGACAGGAAGUCCCUUCUUUAUUUCCCCGGAUAACAUAUUCACUGCAAUAGGUUGCAACACCCGUGCUUUAAUGACCGAUAAUCCCCUCCAACGCCUUGGGUGUGACUCGACAUGCCUUGGCGGCCAGAAGGAUGUUGAUUGGCGAGAAAUGCUUCCUAAUCUCAUGAAAGAGGCUUCCCCUAGAAAUUAUAGGAUAGUGAACAAUUGUAAUGGUACUGAUUGCUGUCAGAUUACAAUACCUUCAUCCCUUCAGGUUCUCAAUCCAAGUUUACAAGCCAUAGAUGGUAAUCAAAGCGCAGAUGGUUGCAAGGUGGCAUUUCUGGCGGGAACAUAUGAAUCGUAUUCCAGGAGAGAAAAGGAUAGCAAUGUCCAGUUUCCGAUGCUGCUAGAUUGGAUGGUCAAUUCGACCCUAAGGGAAGAUUAUUUUAGGAUGGUUAUCCCGGAAACCUUGGAUUGCGACUACAGUUCUUCUAAUGAGCUAAUAUUCCGUUGUUCUUGCAACUCUGGGUACGAGGGCAAUCCUUAUCUUCGAUGCAUAGAUAUUGAUGAAUGCAAAGACCCAAAGCAUCAUCGUUGUCGGGGAACGAGGAAAUGUGUGAAUACUUCUGGGUCAUAUAAAUGCGUGCUGGCCACAAAAUGGAUUAUCAUUUCUAGUAUUUGUCCUGGCGUUGUAGUAAUGUUUGUGCUUAAACUUUGCGCAAGGUGGUUAUGUGAAUCUAUACAGAAAAGAAAGAAGAUCAACCAAAGGGAAAAGUUCUUCAAGAGAAUGUCACACCAACAAAUAUGGUCAAGCCAAGGAAAAGUUGAGAAAGCCAAAAUAUUCAGUCUAAAAGAGUUGAAAAAGGCAACUGAUCACUUUAAUGUGAAUAGAAUUGUAGGCCAAGGUGGCCAAGGCACUGUUUAUAAAGGAAUGUUGGUGGACGGAAAAAUUAUUGCAGUUAAAAAGUCCAAGAUAGUAGAUGAAGCAAAACUUGAAGAAUUCAUUAAUGAAGUUGUCAUUUUAUCACAAAUUAAUCACAGGAAUGUGGUAAAGCUAUUUGGAUGUUGCUUAGAGACAGAGGUUCCUAUGCUUGUCUAUGAAUUCAUCUCCAAUGGAACACUUUUUCAGCAUCUACAUGACCAAGGUGAGGAUUUUCCAUUACUAUGGUCAAAGCGUUUGCAAAUUGCCAUAGAAAUUUCAGGAGCACUUUCCUACUUACAUUCAGCUGCUCCUAUGCCAAUAUUUCAUAGGGACAUUAAGUCGACAAACAUACUCUUGGAUGAAAAGUAUAGGGCAAAAUUAUCAGAUUUUGGAAUUUCAAGAUCAGUUGCAAUUGGUCAAACUCACCUUACAACUAAUGUACAUGGCACUUUUGGGUACUUGGAUCCAGAAUAUUUUCAUUCAAGUCAAUUUACAGAGAAAAGUGAUGUUUAUAGUUUUGGGGUAGUGCUUGUUGAGCUCUUGACUGGACGAGAACCAAUUUGUUCAACAAAGUCUGAAGAAGUAAUUAGUUUAGCAACAAGUUUUAUUCAAAUGAUGCAAAAUAACAAACUUUUUGACAUAAUUGACCCUCGAAUUAAAGAGCAAUUUUUCAUUAAAGAAGAAAUCAUGGUUGUUGCUAACCUUGCAAAGAGAUGCUUGAACCCUAAUGGAAAGGAACGACCUACAAUGAGACGAGUGACAAUGGAGUUGGAGGCAAUCUGGUUUUCAAAUGGAGAUGUAUGUGUUGAAGAACACAAGGAAGAAAAUGAAUUAGACCUCCUUGAUAUUUCUGCUGCAUCUACUUCAACAUGCUCAAAUUUUGCUGCCAAUGGAACUUUAUCAAUCGACAUUAAACCACUAGUUUUGGGGAGUACUUGGUAAGAAUAUCUUUGUAUUAGUGCACUCAGUGCAUAUAUACUGAAUUUUUAUAUUUAAGGGAGUAUUAUUUUGUUGUUUUGUGUUUUUGAAAAAUGAUUGUGGAGCCCACUUUGAGGCU